CCAACAAUAAUUUAAUGGCUGUGACCGGACCCCCACCAUGUUCUGUUAACCGGUGACUCCAAUCAUUCCUCCCCUUUGUGGCCUCAGAAGACGAAGAAGAAGAAGAAGAAGAGUAGGUGACGAUGACGAAGCCACCACCGACGUCAAAGACGGCAGAGCUGGACGCGCCGCUCCAUGCCAUCGGCUUCGAGAUCGACGUCGUCUCCGCAACGAGGGUCAACGGCCGGCUUACCGUCACCGAGUCCUGCUGCCAGCCGUUCAAGGUGCUCCACGGAGGGGUAUCGGCGCUGAUAGCGGAGGCGCUGGCCAGCAUGGGGGCGCACGUCGCCUCCGGGUACCGGCGGGUGGCGGGCAUCCAGCUCAGCAUCAACCACCACCGCAGCGCCCGCGCCGGUGACCGCGUCUUCGCCGAGGCCACCCCUCUCCAACCCGGCAAAACCAUACAGACCCGAAGGCGAUGUUGUGGAACCCGCCACCACUGUCUCGGCCGAGAUCUGCAGGCGUUGCCUCCGUCUCCAGUCAUCGUCACGUGGGUCGGUGGGGGGCGUGCGUUGGCAGGGCGGGAAGGGGUAGUAUUGUUCGCUAUCUGGGAAGGAAGUGAACGUGGCAACAUCUUGAGCGGUAGAUAAAAGCUCCGACGUAGUGGUCCCGUGUCGAUCAGUAACGGAGGUGCCCGGACCUGCUGAAACCACCACUAAUACGCCACGGCAUCGGUGGAACCGCCUUCUCUCCAAUCACAAAGCAGGUAGGCAGUAGACGAGCCUAGUAACGUUAGGGGAAAACAAUUAACGCUAUGAAAGGUAUAAUGACGUGGUCCUCCAUCACUGGUGAACACGAGUGGGACAUGCUAUCAUCUUCCACGUAUGAUACAGCUAACAAGGAAUCAUAAACGUU